AAGGAAAAUAAGCAAUUCUAUUGUUUGCUCAUUUCACGACACUUAUAAAGGAGAUCGGCAUAAAAUAGCAAUGGUAUCUCAAACGAGCAUAGUAGAAACGACUGAUGUUUGGGACGAUGCACGCAAACUCAAAUACAGAAAGAUGAAAAGAAAGUUGAUUGAUUUUAUAGCUGUAUGCCACAUAAGCUUUGAAUACAAAAAAGCCUGAAGCUCGAAUGCUAAUCCCUUCCUGAUGACGAUAGCGACAAAAAGAAGCACAAGCGGCAUUGGAUAGGGCCAAUCGUAGAAUACAAACAUUGGAGAAGAAGCUACGUCAAAAGCAAAAGGCAGCCCCAAGUAUACCUGCAGCAGUGACAAGAACAGCCUCUUCAUUAUCGUUGACAAAAGAGGAUCUUAUGGAAACAAGCCAAGCUGAAGAAGAAGAAGGCGGGGAAGCGCAUGCUACUGAUAUGAAAAGUGAUAAAGAAUUGGAACCAGAGGAUGAAGAUGAUGAGUUGGACGAAGAGGAUGAAGACGAAGAAGAAGACGAAGAGGAUGAAUUGGAAGAGGAUGAUUCAGAACCUAUGCCAAAAAGACAACGCGUAUCACGAAGGAAACGAGUGGUUGUACCCAGGGAUGAGAACGGGAAUAUCCAAUUGCCUUUCCAAAUAGCUUCUUUAAAUGUACUUGAUCUUGGUAAGAUCGAAUGGAAAAGACCUGCUUAUCAUAACGACCGAUAUAUAUUUCCUAUCGGAUAUACAGUAGAAAGAACCUAUAUGAGUAUGGUAGAUCCCGAUAAUCAAACAACAUACACGUGUAAAGUUGAAGACGGGGGCGAUGGACCACUGUUUACGCUUAAGGCAGCAGAUGCUCCGGAUAUUGAACUAUCCGCUCGUACAGCAACAGGAGCAUGGGCGUUAGUUAUUAAAAGGGCCAAUGAAGUCAGGCAAAAGGAGUCAGCAAAUGCAAUUUCAGGCCCUGAAUACUAUGGAUUUGCGCAUCCUUUAGUACUUGAAAUGAUUGAGAGCUUGGAUGGUGUAGACAAAUGCGAAAGAUAUACCCGUAGACAUCAUGACUAAAUGUUUGUAUACUUGCAGCUUCUCCUUUUACAUUUAAUUGUUAACCAUAUUUAGUUAGGAAAGAAGAAUCGCCUUUGUGUCAUUCUUUUUCUUGAAUUGUGAAAGUUGGUGUUUCCUAUUCCUUUUUUUGCACAAAAAAAAUAAAAAAAAUAAAAAAAUUUAGCGAUCUCCCCUUUAUCCCAAAAAAAAAGAAAAAAAAUGGUGAUCAAAU